CGACAGCGACACCUCCAGCCAGCCCGGCUCUGGAACGCCGCCCUCACGACAUCCUUAACUCCCUCUGCUCGCGCCCUCGACUCGUGCGACUCUCGCUGCUCCCCUCGAACCCCGCCCCGCCUGCGACAGGCUUGCGACCGCCAUCUCCCACGCGCCAGCGCUCUCGUCCGUGGACCGACGGCACGAAUCGAUCGCCGAGUCGACCCCCCAACGCUUCGCCAUGCCGCUCUGUGGUGGAACAAAGUCCGUGCAGCGCAAGCUAGUGCUCCUUGGUGACGGUGCAUGCGGCAAGACAUCACUGCUCAACGUGUUCACAAGAGGAUACUUCCCUACCGUAUACGAGCCUACAGUGUUUGAGAAUUAUGUCCACGACAUAUAUAUCGACAAUACACACGUAGAACUCAGCCUGUGGGACACUGCCGGACAGGAAGAAUUCGACCGGUUACGAUCACUCAGCUACGAUGACACCCAUGCGAUAAUGCUCUGCUUCAGCGUCGAUUCGCCGGAUUCUCUAGAGAACGUGGAAACGAAGUGGGUAGGCGAGAUUGCCGAGAACUGCCCGGAAGUUAGGCUCGUUCUGGUGGCUCUCAAGUGCGAUCUGCGAAAGCGCGACGACGAAGACGAGGACUCCCAACCGGAGAAACCUAUGAUCCAGUACGACGAGGGACUCAAGGUUGCAGAGAGGAUCAAAGCACUCCGGUAUCUCGAAUGCUCCGCCAUGAAGAACCGGGGUGUCAACGAAGCCUUCACCGAAGCCGCCCGCGUUGCGCUGACAGUUAAGACCAACAAGGACAAGAGCAGCAGCUGCACCGUCAUGUAAAUAUCUGCGCCGGCCAGCAUCCCUCCUCCGUUUUUUUAGAUCUCGUACUCCCCUUCUUC